AUGGCGGAAUUGGUGAAGGAUAUUGAGAAAGAUGGUGAGAAGAAGAAGAAGAAGAAGAAGAAGAAGAAGCUGAGAAGAAGAGAAGCGCGAUCUUUGUUUGUUUUAUAUAGGGCAAAUUCCUGUGUGAGGACAGCUCUGAAUAACACAGUUGCCGGGUUACCAGCUAGGCUGAAGCACCAGGCAAGAGAAGUAGAACAAAAAUGCCAAACGGGACGCUCAGGAUUUGCUGCAUGCUGCCUUAUGCGGUAG